CAAGAAAGCUAGCUAUAGGUUCACACAAAAAGUAGAAUUCACGUUAAAGUUGACUCAAAAUUAACAGAAUUAAACUCUUCACAAAUAUAUACUCGUAUGGAGUUACUAUAUAAGAACAUGCAUACCUUCAAUAUAAAUCAGCUCAGCAGAAUAGAGAGAGAAGAAAAGAGAGAGAUAUAAGUGAAAAGAGAUGAAAUAUUUCUUAGGAAAUAAUAAUGUUUUCAUUUCUUAUUCAAAAGUCAUGAUUAUUGUGGUUUAUUAUAUGGUAAUUGCAUCAUAUUUGAACAUUUUUUAUGGACAUGCCAUAAUAAACUUGGGAGAGAAGGCAAAAGUACCAGCACUUAUAGUAUUUGGGGAUUCAAUAGUGGAUCCAGGAAACAAUAACUAUAUUGUUACUAUUGCGAGAGUUAAUUUCCCACCUUAUGGGAGAGAUUUUCCUGGAGGUGUACCAACUGGAAGAUUUAGCAAUGGCAAAGUUCCCUCUGAUCUCAUUGCGGAAGAGCUUGGGAUAAAAGAGUUUGUUCCUCCAUAUUUGGAUCCAAAACUCCAAAUCAGCGAUCUUCUUUCCGGAGUUAACUUUGCAUCUGGUGCAGCUGGUUAUGAUCCUAACUCAGCAAGAUCACAAAAUGUAUUGUCAUUAGAAGAUCAAUUGAAGUUGUUCAGAGGAUAUAUAGAUAAGCUCAGGGCUGCAGUAGGAGAAAACACCACAUCAAAUAUCAUAUCCCAAAGCUUGUACCUAGUUUGUGCUGGAAGCAAUGACAUUACUAACACUUAUUUCGGUUUACCAACUAGAAGUCUUCACUACAACAUCUCCACAUAUACUACCUUGAUGGUCCAGUGGGCUUCCUCUUUUCUGCAGGAACUAUACGGUCUAGGAGCAAGGAAGAUAGGUGUGAUUAGUGGACCACCGUGCGGGUGUCUUCCAGCGCAAAGAACGUUGCACGGUGGUCCAUCAAGAGCCUGUUUUGAGAAGGAAAAUCAAGCUUCUAUGCUUUUCAAUUCUAAACUUUCAACCGAGCUAAUUUCUCUCAAUCAAAAGCUCGCACAAUCCAGAAUUGUCUACCUCGAUAUCUACAGUCCAAUAAUCGAACUCAUAACCAACCCUUCUCAACAAGGGUUUGAAGUUGCCAACAAGGGAUGUUGUGGAACAGGAAACAUAGAAGUAUCCAUCUUUUGUACAAGAUUUGACCCUGGAACUUGCAAAGAUGCCUCAAAAUAUGUAUUUUGGGAUAGUUUCCAUCCAACGGAGAAAGCUUAUAAAUUCAUUGUCCAAAGAGUCAUUCAAAAAAGCAUUGGUGAUUUCUUUUAGAAGAAAAAUUAAUAGAUUAUUAGCUAUGUUAUAUAA